GAUACCCGAAUAAACAAAUUCUCGCGCGCAGCUGCAGCCCCGUACGGCCGCACCGUCUCACGGGUCGAUCACCCCGGUACAAGACAACGUCCUCUCCCUCCCACAGAUCCGAUCCGAAGCCUCGGUGUUGGCAGCCGCCACUCGGCCGUGCGUGCGUGCAGGUGCAGGCACCCUCACAAUCACAAGGCAAUGUCCCCAUCCCGAGCGUAGCUAGCGAUCACCGCCCGUUUUGCACUGGCGCGGGGCCGCGCGAUUCAGGCGAGGUCGUCGAGCAUGAGGGCGUGCGCGCUCCACCUCGUCCUCCUCGCCACCGCCGCCGCGUUCUUCCCACUCUCCACCUCCACCGACACCCUCGGCCCAUCGGAGUCCAUCACCACCGGCAAUAACCAGACGCUCGUCUCGGCCGGCGGCGUCUUCCAGCUCGGCUUCUUCAGCCCGGAUGGCGGCGCCAGGACGUACCUCGGGAUCUGGUACUACAACAUCACCUUGCACACCGUGGUGUGGGUCGCCAACCGCCAGAGCCCGGUCCGCAGCACCCCGGCCGUGCUCCGGCUCUCCGUCGACGGCCGCCUCGUCAUCCUCGACGGCCAGAACGGCACGGUGUGGUCCUCGGCGGCGCCGACCGUGAACGUGACCGCCGGCGGCACCCUGCGGCUCCUGGACAGCGGCAACUUCAUCCUCAGCGCCGACGGGAGCGGCUCCGACUCCGACCAGAGCGUGGCGUGGCAGAGCUUCGACUACCCGACGGACACGCUGCUCCCGGGCAUGAAGCUCGGGGUGGACGUCAAGGCCGGCAUCACCCGGAACAUCACGGCGUGGCGCGGCGCGUCCGACCCGGCGCCGGGCGACGUCACGUUCAAGCUGGUCACCGGCGGCCUGCCGCAGUUCUUCCUCCUCCGGGGCGACACGAGGCUGUACACGAGCGGGCCGUGGAACGGCGAGAUCCUCACCGGCGUGCCGUACCUCAAGUCGAACGACUUCACCUUCAAGGUGGUGUACGUCCCCGGCGACGAGACGUACUACAGCUACUCCAUCGGCGGCGACGCGCUGCUGUCGCGGCUCGUCGUGGACGAGGCGGCGGGGCAGGUGCAGCGGUUCGUGCUGCUCAACGGCGGCUGGAGCAACUUCUGGUACUACCCAAACGACCCGUGCGACUCGUACGCCAAGUGCGGGCCGUUCGGGUAUUGCGACAACACCGGGCAGUCCCAGGCGUGCGUCUGCCUCCCGGGGUUCCAGCCGCGGUCGCCGCAGCAGUGGAACCUCCGCGACGGGAAGGCCGGGUGCGUGAGGACGACCAGCCUCAGCUGCGGCGGCGCCAACGCGAGCAGCGACGGGUUCUGGGUCGUCAAGCGGAUGAAGCUGCCGGAGGCCACCAACGCGACGGUGUACCCCGGCAUGACGCUGGACCAGUGCCGGCAGGCGUGCCUCGGCAACUGCAGCUGCCGGGCGUACGCGGCGGCGAACGUCAGCGGGGGCGUCAGCCGCGGCUGCGUCAUCUGGGCCGUCGAUCUGCUGGACAUGCGGCUGUUCCCGACGGACGUUGAGGAUGUCUACAUACGGCUCGCGCAGUCGGAGAUAGAUGCGCUCAAUGCCGCAGCAAAACACCGGGUCCCAAGCAAACGCGUGGUGGUCGCCGUCGUCACGACAGUCGCCGGCGUGCUUCUCCUGCUUUCGGUUGUCUGCUGCUGCGUCUGGAGGAAGAGGAGGAAACGUCAAUGCGCGACGGAUUCCUCGGCGCCGAGCGGCGGAGACGACGUGCUCCCGUUCAGGACAAGGAAACAGCAAGCGUUGGACGAGAACUGGAAAGGUGCCGAGAAAGACGUCGACGACCUGCCGCUGUUUGAUCUGGCCGUGAUCCUGGCCGCCACCGACAGUUUCUCUGCGAGCAACAAGAUCGGCGAAGGCGGAUUUGGUCCUGUUUACAUGGGAAAGCUUGAGGAUGGGCAGGAAGUGGCCGUCAAGAGGCUGUCCCGGAGAUCGAUGCAAGGGGCGGUGGAGUUCAAGAACGAGGUGAAGCUGAUAGCCAAGCUUCAGCACAGGAACCUCGUCAGGCUGCUCGGCUGCUGCGUCGACGAGGAGGAGAGGAUGCUCCUGUACGAGUACAUGCACAACCAGAGCCUCGACACGUUCAUAUUUGAUGAAGGAAAGCGGAGUUUGCUAAGGUGGCAGAAACGCUUUGACAUCAUUUUGGGGAUUGCGAGGGGUUUACAGUAUCUGCAUGAAGACUCAAGGUUCAGGAUCAUCCAUAGGGAUCUGAAGGCGAGCAACGUGUUACUGGACAGGAACAUGGUCCCCAAAAUUUCAGACUUCGGCAUCGCAAGGAUGUUCGGAGGUGACCAGACCACAGCAUAUACAUUGAAGGUCAUUGGAACAUACGGCUACAUGUCCCCAGAGUAUGCGAUGGAUGGCGUGUUUUCCAUGAAGUCCGACAUCUACAGCUUCGGCGUGCUGGUUCUCGAGAUCAUCACUGGCAAGAGAAACCGAGGUUUCUACGAAGAAGACCUUGAUCUCAACCUCCUCCGAUAUGCGUGGAUGAUGUGGAAAGAAGGCAGGAGCGUCGAGUUGGUGGACAAGGUCAUGGACGGCAGCGGCGUCAACUACAGCGAGGUGCUGCGAUGCAUCCAGGUCGCGCUCCUGUGCGUCGAGGUGCAGCCCAGGAACAGGCCCCUGAUGUCGUCGGUCGUCAUGAUGCUGGCCAGCGAGAACGCGACGGUCCCUGAGCCGAACGAGCCCGGGGUGAACAUCGGGAAGAACACGUCGGAGGACACGGACUCGUCUCAUGGCCUCACGGCCAACAGCGUGACCAUAACCGCAAUUGACGCUAGGUAGCUGCUUGGAUUUACCAGACCACCAGUAGUCAUUCUUCUCUUGGUGCUCUAAAAAUGUAGUCUGUGCCGUGUAUUGUAUACGUAGCUUUUGUACAGUACAGCAAUGGUUCCGUUGCCACAAGCUAGCCCACAACAAAGGCCUGGCUCUCGGUUUUUUUAACCACUGGCCACACUCCAACCCUCCUCUGUAAGAUGUAAAGUUCAGAGCUUGUAAAGAUUUAUAUACAUUCAAAAGUCACCCGGUUCAAUUCAUUGACGGAAACAACGAGUGCAUUUUUCUUCCA